UACAUGAAAGAAGAGAAAGAGCUGGAAGCUCUACAAUAAUUGGUCUUUCUUUUGCUGUCUGUUUAUCUGUCAUCGUCUUUGUCCAUGGAGGUGCAGAAAAUGAAAACUGAUGAUCAUGUAUCAGACGACAUCAAACUCGACGUCCCUGACGACUCGGACGCGGUUCACGGGGUUAAGACCACUGGUGAAGACGCCCAGUCGGCUUUGCAUGCGGAAGGUGAGGAGAAUAGAUUCUCCUUCCGAGCUCUAGUGCGAGGCGCUUCUGCGCGAAUCAGGAGUGUUUCUGGUGAACUCAAGAGCCUCGCCUCCUGGAAAAGCACUCCUUCAAGUCGCUACGAGCCCGCCAACUCGGCAGCACUCCAUGCUUUGACUGGACUCAAGUUUAUCAGGCAGACGGAUGGUUCUGCUGGGUGGCCUGACGUUGAGAAGAGCUUCCACCAGCUCACUGCUUCCACCAAUGGCUUGCUUCCUCGUUCACGCUUCGCAGAAUGCAUAGGGAUGGGCAAGGACUCAAAAGAGUUUGGAGGAAAGCUAUUCGACGCACUGGCUCGGAGGUGGGAAAUCAAGGAUGACUCAAUUAAUAAAGCUCAGCUCAAACAGUUCUGGGAUCAGAUCUCCGAUGAGAGCUUCUAUUCUAGGCUUCAAACUUUCUUUGACAUGGUGGAUAAAGACGCCGACGGUAGAAUCACAGAAGAGGAAAUCAAAGAGAUCAUCACACUCAGUGCUUCUACCAACAAUCUCUCUAAUAUCCAGAAACAAGCUGACGAAUAUGCAGCACUGAUCAUGGAAGCGUUAGAUCCAAAGAAUGUAGGAUACGUUCAGGUACACAAACUGGAGAUGGUUCUAUUGGAAUCUUCAAAGCAAACUACAAGGGGAGAUAGCAAAAACCUUAGCCAAUUGCUGAGUGAGCAACUGAGGCGCCCGGCACUGGAGAACAACCCAUUAAUAAGAUGCUGUCAGGGCACCAAGUACCUUUUAAAGGACAACUGGCGGAGAGUUUGGAUUAUAGCUCUGUGGGUUGGAGUUAUGUUGGGAUUAUUUGCAUACAAGUUUGUGCAGUAUCGAAACAGAGCUGCAUAUCAGGUAAUGGGCCAUUGUGUUUGCAUGGCCAAGGGUGCGGCCGAGACACUGAAAUUGAACAUGGCACUGAUUUUACUCCCAGUCUGCCGGAACACUAUGACGUGGCUCAGGAACAAGACCAAAUUAAGCGUUAUUGUUCCCUUUGAUGACAACCUCAAUUUCCACAUGGUGGUGGCCGUGGGAGUUGCAGUAGGAACCGGAAUACAUGUAGUUUAUCAUAUGGCUUGUGAUUUCCCUCGCCUUAUUCACGCGAGUAGUGACAGAUUUGCUCUCUUGGAGCCCUACUUUAAGGAACAACCCUCGUACUGGGAAUUGGUUAAGGGAGUGGAAGGAGUGACGGGGAUUUUAAUGGUGGUGUUGAUGGUAAUAGCCUUCACACUAGCAACUCCAUGGUUGAGGCGUGGAAAGCUAACUGGUUUCAACGCCUUCUGGUACUCCCACCACCUUUUUGUAAUCGUCUAUGCUUUGCUUGUUGUCCAUGGCUUAUAUCUUUACCUGAGUAAGGAAUGGUACCAGAAAACAACUUGGAUGUACUUGGCAGUUCCUGUAGUGCUUUAUGCCUUGGAAAGAUUGACAAGAGCAUUCAGAUCCAGCAUUCAGCCUGUUCGGAUAGUAAAGGCGGUUGAUUACCCUGGUCGUCGGGGUGUGUUGGCGCUUCACAUGCAAAAGCCUGAUAAAGACUUCGAAUACAGGAGUGGGCAAUACAUGUUUGUUAACUGUCCUGCUGUUUCUCCCUUUGAAUGGCACCCAUUCUCAAUUACUUCAGCCCCCAGAGACGACUAUCUGAGUGUCCAUAUUCAAGCUGUUGGUGAUUGGACUAGGCAAAUCAAAAAGGUGUUCUCAGAGGCAUCACCUAGCGGGAAAGGGGGUUACUCGGAAGGAGAAAACCGCCCAAAUUUUCCGAAAGUGUUGAUUGACGGUCCAUAUGGGGCACCAGCGCAAGAGUACAAAAAUUAUGAGGUGGUUAUGCUGGUGGGGCUAGGGAUCGGGGCGACCCCGAUGAUCAGCAUUGUGAAGGACAUUUUGCAUAAUAUUAAGGAGAUGGAGGAAGAAGAGAAUGCUGAUAUGGAGGGGGGGAAUGGAGCAGGAGGGAAGUAUGACAAUGAAUUUAAGACUAGGAGGGCAUACUUCUAUUGGAUGACGAGGGAGCAGGACUCUUUCGACUGGUUCAAAGGGGUGAUGGACGAGGUGGCUGAAUUGGACCAUAAUGAGGUGAUAGAGCUGCACAACCACUGCACUAGUGUGCAUGAAGAGGGUGAUGCCCGCUCUGCAUUAAUUGCCAUGAUCCAAGACCUCAAUCACGCCAAGAAGGGCUAUGACGUUGUCUCUGGUACCCGUGUCAAGUCCCACUUCGGCAAGCCCAAUUGGCGCAGCGUUUUUAAGUACAUUGCUCGCAAAAACCCUCAUACGAACGUUGGAGUGUUCUACUGCGGACCACCGGGACCUACCAAACAGCUACGCGAGCUGGCUUUAGAUUUCUCGCACGAGACCUCCACCCAAUUUGAUUUCCACAAGGAAAACUUCUAGCCACGUUACAAGCACCAGCCCCACCAUAAUGGCCGGCCACUAUCAUAUGUACAGAGAUUCUCGCCGCUUUCGUUGAUCCAUGCCUUUCUAUUUUAUCAUAUUUUCAUAUUUGUGGUGUUUUUUUCUUUCAAUCAUGCAAAUCGAGAGAUAGUAGAAUGGGAUUGCGGGCCUCCUCCACUACCAAAAGCCGUCAUGAGGUGGAGAAGGUGGGACAGUGGAAAACUAUUUGCCAAAUGCCAGCCAGGGCCCGCCCAUGUAAUAAUGGUGCCUACUUGUAAGGCAAAAAGCAAGACCAUUUUGCUUGUAUUUAAUUAUGAUAAAAUGAUGAGUCUGCAGAUUUCUUGGUGUUUGUAAUUGUGAGCAGACCCAUGAGAAAUCUUCCAAAUCAUAGUCACGACUCUCCGACUUGUGUCUCAUCUCUUACAUAUUUUGUUGUACCAAGUGUAUUUCACAAUAAACAAAUCUAACUACCUAGGAGCUCAUUCCUAGUAUUUUAUUAAGUAGCAUGAUAUGUGUAACAAAUUUAAA